AGAUGGUCCGCGCCUCUGUUUUGAACGACUGCUUGAACAGCAUCAACAACGCUGAACGCCGUGGCAAGCGCCAGGUCUUGAUCCGUCCUUCCUCCAAAGUCAUUGUCAAGUUCUUGUCUGUCAUGCAGAAGCAUGGCUACAUUGGCGAAUUCGAGGAAAUCGAUGACCAUCGCUCUGGCAAGAUCGUCAUCCAGCUUAACGGUCGUUUGAACAAGUGUGGUGUCAUCUCGCCCCGCUUCAACAUCAAGAUCGCCGAGCUCGAGAAGUGGACCUCCAACCUUUUGCCCUCGCGUCAGUUCGGUUAUGUUAUCUUGACCACCUCUGCCGGUAUCAUGGACCACGAAGAGGCCCGUCGCAAGCACGUUGGUGGCAAGAUCCUUGGUUUCUUCUACUAAGUUUCUUGACAUUUUGCCGCAAAAAGAAUUAAAAAAGUUCGUUUUACUUGAACUGUUUUAAAAAAAACAA